UAAACACUCCAGCCUUCCAGAAGCAGAACCCCAGAAAAGGGCAGUGUCCGCAGAAAAUCUUUAAGAGGUAGCCCAGUGUGCUUACUGGGAGUGAGGCGUCUAGAGCCAGACUUGCUGGGUAGGUUGGAAUCCCAGCUCUGCUGUUCAUAGCUUUAAGAACUAAUCUAGUUACUUCCCCUUUCUCUGUCUCCAUUUCCUCACCUGUAAAAUAGGCCUGAGGAUGAUCAUAGAGAAUGUAAGCAAAGUGCUGCUCAUAACAGUGCCUGGUUACUACUAUUUGACUUGGGAGGUGGAGGGAGCACCCUAUCAACUGAUCCCAGGGAGUUUUUCUGGGGGACUGCCCAUGGCAAGACAGGGAGGACUCUAUAGCAACUGAGUCAACCAGUGACCACAGGGGUUUCCCUCACUUGCUUCCCUUCUGGCCCUGAGUCAAGCCCAACGUUUCUUCCCCCACUAACUUGAUAACCACACGGAAGCUCUGGGCCUGUCAGACCUUGCAUCUUGUGCCCAGAUGUAAGAGCAGCUGCCCACUCUCAUUGCCGCCACUCACCUCCAGCACAGAGCCUGCCAGGGGACAGAACUCAGCGUCUCUCAACCUGUCCCUGUGCGGUCUUGCCUUCGGAACUUCCUGGAAGGGCUUCGCAUCUAUCUCUCUAGAGCAUAGACCUACAGUGACAGUGCCCUGACUGCGGAAUAAAACGUGGGCAAUAAAUGUAGUGAAAGAGGAAGUCCUGCUCAACUGAACUGCAUGGGCAGGAACUCCUGAUUUACAAAUACGGUGCUCCUCUGGACAAACAUUCCUAGUUAUCGUGCGGUGAUGACUUAGCAUCCUGGGAGGAGAUCAGAGUUUCUGGCAAAACCAAAAAACGAUGGUUCCAUCUGGUUUUGCCUCUAGUGUGUCUUAAGCCUCUUGUGGUGUUCCCUUUACCCCUCUGCCCUGGUCUCCCAGGGGACUAGCUUCAUUGGUGAGCUACUCCCAGGGACCAGGACUCUGAAAGGUAGCCCUCCCCUCCUAGUCACCUGUCCUUUUGGAGGACAGUGCCCUCCCCUGGCAAGUCACCUUGAGUACUGGCUCUUGGCGGACACCCCAGGGCUUUCAUCCACACGUGUGAGAGCUCUUUACUCGAGUGUUGUGCCCCGUAUCCUGCUUGUGAAACCACCACUGCUCUCCAACCUUCUUGCAGUCUUACCCACGCCCGCCUGGAUUUACUCCACCCUGGAUUUGCCUUCUUGGGCUGUCCAAUCUUCUGUCACGGUCCUCAGGAUGGUUGUGUCCCGUCAGCAGGACAAAGAGCCCUGCAUCCAAGGAGCGAUGAACUGCCGGGUCUUCUGAUGCAGGCUUUCCUGUGGCCCGGCCCAGGGCAGGGCAAGGAGGCUGGCCCUCAGAGCACUGGGUGAGACCACUUCCUUCACUGAGCUUCCUUCAGCUGCAUGGAAGCUGGAGUUCACCUUGCAGUUCCUCAGCUGAAUUUUUGUUCUCUGGGCUGUAGCGUCCCCGCCGGCACCAUGGCUUCUGCUGAACCCCUCACGGCGCUGUCCCGCUGGUACCUGUACGCCAUCCACGGCUACUUCUGUGAGGUGAUGUUCACCGCGGCCUGGGAGUUCGUGGUGAACUUCAACUGGAAAUUCCCCGGGGUCACGAGCGUCUGGGCGCUCUUCAUCUACGGCACGUCCAUCCUCAUUGUGGAGCGCAUGUACCUGCGUUUGCGGGGCCGCUGCCCGCUGCUGGUGCGCUGCCUCAUCUAUACGCUCUGGACCUACCUGUGGGAGUUCACCACCGGCUUCAUCCUGCGCCAGUUCAACGCCUGCCCCUGGGACUACUCCCAGUUCGACUUCGACUUCAUGGGGCUCAUCACCCUGGAGUACGCAGUGCCCUGGUUCUGCGGGGCGCUCAUCAUGGAGCAGUUCAUCAUCCGCAACACCCUCCGCCUCCGCUUUGACAAGGACGCGGAGCCAGAGGAGCCCGGCGGGCCCCUGGCGCUGGCCAACGGCCACGUCAAGACUGACUGACCCGGGGUGGGUGGGGGGGCCUGUGGGUGGGGCCCAGGGUUCUCUCACGGACCCUGUGGACAGAGGUACCAAGCUGGUGGAGUUCCCCCUUCUGUACAGCACAAAACCUGCCCCGGCCGGGCCUCAGUCCUGUAGGCCACACGCAGCCGCCCUACCCCGGCAGUGGGUGGGCAUGGGGCUGUGGUCAGGUCUGGGGGCAGGGCGCGUGAGGCAGCGGAGGGACUUAGGGAAGGGCCACGGGUCUCUACCCAGCUGAGAGGCCGGUGGCGCCAGGCCAGCGGCUAAGCAGCGACUGGACUACUGGGUGACUUUGGAAGCAGCAGGCCCUGUCCUGGCCAGGAGACCUGAGCAUGGGGCAGAAGGUGGGAGGCAAGUCCUUGAGGAGGUUUUGGGCUGCUGCGGCGGCCGCCUCCUUCCCUCUUACCUGGUUUAUUUGGGCUUUGGCUGGCUCCAUUAGGCAAUAUUCAGGUGCUUGCUUGCAACCAAUACCUCCCCAGGGGCCUGCUGAGCAGCAGCCUAAGGAGAGACCGGGCAUUGGGGGGAGCUGCUUGGCUGCAGUGUGGUCUGCAAGGGCUGGAGGCCUUCCCUUGGCUCCGCUCCCCUCCCCCAGGGCCCCUCGCUGCUCCCUUGGCCUUCUGGGGGCCCCCUGGUGCUGGAUUCCCACCAACCUUGGGCUUUUGGAGGUUUCAAUCUCUAUGUGUUCAGUGGUGUUCCCCUUUUUUCUCUCUUAUUUUCAAGGCCUUUACCACUAGCAGCCCCUUUAUCCAUGUCAAUCACCGCCCCCCCCUCACCCCCCACCCCGGGCCCUCACCCCCAACUCCCUAGCCAACAUAGCAGUUGCCAGAGAUAGAACCCUGAGGCAGACCCUGCCUCUCCCUGCAGCUUUCCUGCCAGUUUGCUGGCCUGAUGCCUGGGAAGUUCUGCAGAUUCACCUCCCUGUGGGGGUGUGGCAGUGCCCUGGUGCUCCUCUCCACACUCUCCCCACAGAGAUCCCCCCCAAAUGAGUGAUACCCCCCAGUGCAGUCAGGCUGAAGCGGGCCCCACAGAUUCACAAUGGAGACCUAGAGACAAGUGGGUUCUGAGGGGUGUGGGCGGGUGUAAAGCAUCUGCCUGGUUUAUUUUCAAGCCAGCCAGGGGCAGAGUGGCUUUCUGGGGGGAUGGAAGAGCACUAUCCGGUGUUGGAGAACCGUGGAGAAUGAGUGAGAGAGAGAAAGAUGAGGCCUUCAGUUUUGGGAAGGUCACUGGAGCAUCCUUAGUGGGAAGCGGCCAGUUCUGGUUCUGCCAUCACUCCAGCCUUGCAGCAAAACCUCCUCAGGGUCGCCCCUCCCCCAUCCUUCCCAGCAAGACUGACCUUUGAACUUGCACCUUAAACAGUAUUAACUCUGCCGUGCCCAUGGGCACUGUUAUCCUGGUUGUCCCCUUUCCCCUGUGAUAGGUCCAUUGCUGGCAGUGGACAGGUGAAAUCCUCACUCCAGCCUGCUCCUGACUCUGCCCUCACUCCCUUCAGGGAGGAGUCCAUCGGAACACCGCCUACCCCCUUCUUGACCACACUAGGGCUCAUAGGUAGCAAUUAGCCACUCCUUUUCAUAGAUCACUCAAAGGUGAUAACACCACUUGGGGAGAGAAUCUCCUCUUUCUUGCUGUGCUGUUCCAUCGAGACUGUGCAGACAGCACCAAGCAGGGCACAGACUAUGGCUGGUCUGGGGGCGGGCAGGGAUGGAGCACAGCAGGGUUGUUUCCUGUGUCUGUCCAGGACAGGAUGAAAGGCUUUUUCCACCUGAGUCCUGAGCAGGGUCCUCCAAAUCCAGGGUCGAACUGCGUUCUCCCGAGGCCAGCCCAGCCAUUGAUUUUAUUGUGGCCCGAAUUCUAGGGUUUUGGGGCUUCCCAAAAUUCAGGUUUCCAGUGGAGGUAGACGGCUUUCCAUCUAUGGGUGGAAGAGUCCAGGGGGAGAAUAUUGCCUGGCUUCCCUCUUCUCUCCAGGUAAUUAAUUGUUCCUUGUUCUUUCCUCCAAUUCAUGUUCUCUCAGUCUCCUGGACAGCCGCACCUUCCAGGCUCCCCAUCGGGCCCUAGAUCACACCCCCACUUUUGCUGUCCCCUUCCAUGGCUGAAUCUGGUGGUCAGCUUGUUGAAGUCUCCAGCAGAAGACCCCGCUAAUUCUCAGCCAGAGUCUGGCCUGCCCGGCCCACCAAGUUGCAGCCUGAUGCCUGGAGGCUGCCCUGUGGGCAUGCCUUGGCAUCACCUUUUCUCUGGACCCAAUAAACUCCCAAGUCUAGGAGGCCCCAGAGAAAAUGUGCACCUGGCCGGUUCCGAAUAUUCGUGUUUCUGCUCUGCCCAGGUAUCUCAGAGCUCCUAUUGCCCCUCAUAGGCACAGAGCCCCAGCUAGGGGAGGCAAUGACCUGCUGUAGGCUCACAGCUUUCUAGGGGUAGCCCAAACUUCAAUCCUGCUUUUGGAGGUAUCUUCAGGGCCCUGAUCCCUUAGUGCCCAACACUUAAUGUUUGGAGGAACCCAGCCCUGCCGAGCCCUGGGAGUGCUGCAGGGAGAGUCUGUUCCCUGUUUAUGACCACCUGGUCUCGGUGGGCCUUUCUUGCUGAACUGGUCUCCUUUCUGAGUUAGAGAUCGCCAUGUGCUGCCCUGCAUGGUUGAACCGCUUCUGAGUCUGCUAGUCAUCCCUUGUGCCCGUCCCUUCCGAUGCCAGUGAGUCCUAAUGGCCUAUGCUUAUUUACAGCAAUAAUACCUAGGGAGUGCCCGUGAAGUCCUUUUGUCUUGGUCCCUCACUCUGCAUGGGUUUCCUGGGGAGACAGCACUGAGUGAGUCAGUUCACAAGAACCUGUAUUUAGGACGCUCUGGGCUGUGCAGACAUCAGUGCAGGGGGUGCAGAAAGGAGAGAAACCUGGCUCCAAUACAGCAGGGCGGGUACCCUUCACCCCCCCAGGCCACCCCAGACCUGGAGGAGCUGCAGGUCCCAGCUCUGUCAAAAGGCCUUUCAAGUGGGAGGGACUGUCUCCCAUGGCGGCAGCUUUUCAGAAGGACACGCGACUGAUUUGUGCGCCCAUUGCCUGCUUUGUCUCCGUUUGAUCUCUUUGUCUCUUCCUUUUCACAUCGUGCACAUAAAAUAUAUUGGUGUUUGUGUUCCGGGACUACCGGCUCUGACCCAUCGCUGUUUCUCCUAUGUUGGGGCCUCUUUCUUGGGAGCUGCUGAGGCCAGGGUCUUCACACCCA